AUAAAAUAAAAACAACCUAAUAAAAUGUCCAUUAAGAUGCCGUCGAUUAUGGUUUGGGCUGGUACCAUGUCCAUUCUUUUGAUAAUGUCGUCAGCAGCGGCAAUACGUUCGGACGAUAAGAAUAUUACAAGACUUCUAAACAACCAGGUGAUUGUUAGUCGGCAGAUAAUGUGUGUCCUUGAAAAGAGUCCUUGUGACCAACUUGGCAGGCAAUUGAAAGCGGCACUUCCCGAAGUAAUUCUUCGCAAUUGUCGCAAUUGCUCACCCCAACAAGCUCAAAAUGCUCAAAAACUAACAACAUUCUUACAAACACGUUAUCCUGAUGUUUGGGCGAUGCUAAUAAGAAAAUACAAAGGAGUUUAAGGAUAUUUCACCUAAAGCCAGUGCUUUCAAAAACAAAAACCUUUUAAAGAGUGAUCAUCCAGAGUUUAGUAAACAUCUCCAAAAACCACCAGAAAAACAAGCAAGAAGUUGAAAAUAGAGCAGCACAAUAGUAUUCGUCAUAUCAUUAAAUGCAUAUAGUCGUCUUAAUAAUAAAUUAAAAAAAAAUAUAAAAAUAAAUUAUUAUUGUCCAAAAAAUUUGGAUUUUGAAACUUAUUAUUAUUAAAAAAAAUCAUUAUCAAUAAAACUAAAAUCAAAAUAAAUAAAUUGCCAAAAUAUUAGUUCAGGUGGUGGAGGUCAUAUUGUUUUUUUAAAGUUCCAAAAAAUAAGCAAUAAAUUAAUAAACUAUUAUAAAGAGUGUGAUAUGUCAAAUAAAUUGUAUGGAGGACUUAAGUGCUCCAAAAUUAGUAUUCCAUAUUCAAUCUCUUUGAAGUGGUUGCUAAAUUAGAAAAAAAUGCAACCAUUUUUUGGAUAUGAACAAGAAAAAAUGAAACAAAUUUAAAGGACUAAAAAUUUUAAUAAUCAAAAAUAUGUGAUUUUGAGCUGCUUUUAAGGGUAUCGUUUGCUUAAAGCUUCUAAGCAAACUUAAGAAGAAGAAACAAAUAUAUGAAUUCCACCACCUUUUCAAAAGUUAAUUUAAGCAUUCAGCUAAAAUUGUAAAAACAAAAACAAAGCUAACAGUGUCCAUGUUUAAUAUUAAAUACUUUAAUGUGACAUUAUAUAUAAAUACAAUUUUGUUUCUAAUAAAAUUUAAAUAAAUAAAUUAAAAAAAAAAAUACGGACAGAUGGACGUUUAUUACACAUA